AUGGCUCAAAAGGCAAAGAAGGACCGGGCAAAGUCCAACGCCGAAUCGCUGAAAAGCCUCCAUAUCGGUGCUGCCAUCGUCAACGGCCUCUUCCUGCUAUGGACCUUCUUCAUCAGGUCACGGUCGCUGUGGGCGUACGUGCUGUUGUCCCUGCCCAGCUUUGCCUGCCAGUUCGCACUCGAGAAGGCCGGGCGGCCAUCAUUUGACCGCUCUACCGGUGCCCUCAGGUCCGCGGGUGAGGAUCUUUCCGCGCCGGGCCUGACGGAGUACAUGUGGGAUGUCGUUUGGGUCACGUGGGCGUGCCAGGUUCUCGUCAUGCUCUUUGGAAACUGGCUCUGGCUCACCUGGGCCGUCGUUCCCGCCUAUGGUGCCUACAAGGGCUACGGGUUGCUCGGCGCGGCGAGGGGCAUGGCUGGGAUGGGCGCGCAGCCGGGACAGCAGGAAGCACCCGUUGCUUCGAACCGGAAGCAGCGACGUGCUGCGGCUUGA